UAAACUUCUUGCUGAUGAGCGCAAAAGUUGGAAUGAAAAAAUGUCCAAUGAGCGCAAGAAGUGGAAUGCAUCGUGGGCUAAGCAGAAUGACAUUCUGUUUCAUGCUCGGCAGGAGCUGACCAAUGCUAAGGCAGCGAAUGCUACCUUGAGCCAGGAGAAGGCUGCGGCUGAGGCCGUUUCUGUGAAAGCGCUGCAGGUGAAGGCCGACGCCCUGAAGGCGCUUGCAGAGGCCAAAGAAGCCGGGGCUCGUGCCUCAAAGGCCCUUGAAGAGGCCGCGGAGAAGGAGAGCCGUUCUUCCAAGGCUCUGGAAGAGGUGAAUGCGGAGCGCAUUCGUUUGGAUAAGGUUGUUUCCAGCCUUCAGGCUGAGGUUCAGGCCCGGGCGGUUGCGGUUACGGACCUUACUGCCCGCGUGUCUGAUGCGGAGAAGCGAGCCGACGCUGCCGCUGAGGCCAAGAAUGUCUUGGUGUCCUCUUUUAACCAGCUGGAAGCUGACCAUUGUCGAGGCUAUCAUGAAUGCUCCUGA